UGCUUUGUGUCCAGCGGAGAGACUGCAGUGGGUGUUUCAGAGGAUGGGCCUGCCCACACACUUCAGAGCAGCUCCAAGUGAUUUUUCAGACAAACAGAAAUGUGAGCCCUAGAAUUCAGGCUUGCGCCAGAGCAAGGCUAAUCUUCCCCCCCAGACAAACAAUGGCUGCUGUUCUUGCUCCAUCAUAUCAGGAGGAAUUCCUAUUAGUGAAACUGGAGGAAGAUUCCUGCUUGGGUCAGGACCCCAAUCUCUGGGGAUAUGACCCUGACUCUGAAGCCUCCCGCCAGCACUUCAGGCAGUUCCAAUAUGAAGAGUCCACUCAACCUCAUGAAGUGCUCUUCCGACUCCAAGAGCUCUGUCGUCUGUGGCUGAAGCCAGAGAAACGGACGAAGGAGCAGAUUCUGGAGCUCCUGGUCCUGGAGCAGUUCCUGAGCAUCUUGCCAGAAGAGCUGCAGGCUUGGGUGUGGGACCAUCAUCCCAAGAACACGGAGGAGGCGGUGACCCUGGUGGAGGCUUGGCAGAAAGAGCCCAAGAGACCAGAUCAGUGGGGACAGGAAGUGCUUUCUGAAUUGCCAGCACCCUUGGGUACAGCACAGGAGUCACGAAGCUUCCAGUUAGGUUCAGCAGAGAUCAAGCCAGAGGAGAAGGGAAUACAGAGCCCCUACUGGGAACCACUGGAGCACCUGAGCCCUAUGGAGGAACCCAAGCCUCUGCACAAGAGUGACAGCCUGGCUCCUCAGGUUUCUGCCCUUCCUAAGAUGAGGAGCAUUGGUGACUGCAAGAUGGUAGCUGAGUCCCAGGAAGCCCCAGGCCAUGGAAACCCUGCUCAGGACCUCUGCAAGGACACUGAAGAAGAGGACUGUGGGAAUGAGCUCUUGCUGGUAGAGUCUCCAGUUCCCAAGUCCAACAUCUCUUUGCCAUUAAAGCAAGAAAGGGACCCAUGGGAUCCAAAUCUCUGGUGCACUGAGGAAACAGGGAAUCCAAGAGACUCCCACACAGAUGAAAAGCAAGUAGGGUCUGGCCCAGCAUUUGCCAGGGGAGAAGUGAAAAGCUGGGAGGAGCAGAAACAGUGUGAUGGAGCAGACAGAAAAGUUUCUGGAGUCCUCUGGAGCUAUGAGGAAACCAUGACAUUCCUUACCAUACUUAGUGAACCUCAGUUCUCAGAAAAACUGCAAUCUCGUCGUCGAAACCGCCAGCUAUACCGAGCAGUAGCAGAACGGCUGCGGGAGCAGGGUUUCCUGCGGACAUUGGAGCAAUGCCGCUAUAGAUUCAAAAACCUCCAGACGAGUUAUCGGAAAGCAAAGACUGGCAGAGCCCCUGAGUCCUGUGCCUUCUACAGAGAGAUGGCCACUCUACUGAGCACCCACACCUCCAUUUCCUGUCCUGACACCUUGGGAGAAACUUGGGAUCCUUCUCAAGAAAGGGACAGCAGUGUUGACACUGAGGAACCAAAGAACAGGGAACAUGAGGAGGGGACAGAGGAUUGUGACGCUGAUGGAAUGAUCAACCAGGAACUGACCCAUAAGGGCAAGAUGCCAGGCACCCAAGGCCCGUUCUCUAGCUGCUGGGAUCCCAAAUCCAAAGUCGCCCAUCAAGAGAAGUCAGGGAAAGGCUCAUGGAACUCAGCUCUCCAUAGAUCAGAGGAAAGAGAGAGCAGCAAAGAUUCACACCCCAAUGAGGAUCAAGGAAAACCUUGUCAGGCUCUAGCAAAGAAGGACAUGAAAGGCUGGGGGAACCAAGAGCUGGGCAGUGCAGAGGACGAGAAAUAUGCAGGUGUACAUUGGGGCUAUGAGGAAACCAAGAUCUUUCUGGCAAUUCUCAGUGAAACUUCAUUUUCUGAAAAACUUCGGACCUGUCAUAGAAACAGCCAAGUCUACCGCGCCAUCGCCGAGCGGCUACAGGAACAUGGCUUCCUCCGGACGCUGGAGCAGUGUCGGUACAGAUUCAAAAAUCUCCAGACCAGCUACCGGAAAGCAAGAACCAGCCACCCCCCAGGGACCUGUCCCUUCUACGAAGAAAUAGCAGCCCUGAUGCAUUCCUGGGCUGCCAUUAAACCUACUUACGCUGUGGGUGGAGACUCUGAUUCCCAGGGGCAGGAGCCGGAGGACUGGGAACGACAGAACACUGGAAAGGGAGCCACAGCCAAAGACUGUGAAAGGAAGGAAAUGGGCCUUGAAGUGUUCACCAAGGAGCCCAAAGUUCCCAGGACCGCAGCCCUUUUCCAGAGUCGAACAGGUGUGCACUGGGGCCAUGAGGAAACCAAGGCUUUCCUGGCAAUCCUCAGCGAAUCUCAGUUUUAUGAAAAGCUCCGGACUCGCCACCCCAACCGGCAGGUGUACCGGGCCAUCGCUGAGCGCCUGCGUGAGAGGGGCUUCCUGCGGACGUUGGAGCAGUGCCGGACAAAGUUCAAUAGCCUCCAGACGAGCUACAGGAGGGCAGGGAGCAACCGCACCCCCGAGACCUGUGCUUUCUAUGACGAGAUGGAUGCCUUGGUGAAUGCCCACGUGGCUGUAGCAGCCACCAGCAUCCUGAAGAAGGUGGCACCCCAGCCUGGGCGGGCAGUCAGUGAUGCUGACCCCGAAGAGCAGGACAGUUGGCACAGUGAGGAGGCACUGGAAGAUUGUGACAGUGAUGAAGCAGCCAUCAGAGAAGCCAAGAGUCCUGGGGCCCCUGCUCUAGUCCAAGUCUCAGCUGAGUUGAGGAUCCAGAAUGAGAACAAGGAAGAGACUCAAAAACGAGGCAUCUCUGAGAAAAAGCAACCCUGUGAAUCAGAGGGAGGUGUAACUCAGCUUCUUAACUGGGGGAAAAACUGUGAAAAUAAGUACAAACCAGAGAGAUCAUGGGAGAGAGACCUAGGAGAAAGACAAGGAAAACUGACUUCCAAAGAGGAUUUACAAAAUCCUGCAGCUCAGAAAGGAUCCUCUGCAGAAGGAAGGCCAUACAAAUGCCUUGACUGUGAGAAGAGUUUCAGCUGGCGGUCACACCUGGCCACACACCAGAGAAUACAUACAGGAGAAAAACCCUAUCAGUGUUCUGAAUGUGGAAAAAGUUUCAGUUGGCGGUCACACCUCAACACUCACCUGAGGAUCCACACAGGAGAGAAGCCCUAUAAGUGUCUAGAGUGUGGAAGGAGCUUCAGUGAUGGAGCAGGCCUCACUGCACACCGGAGAAUCCACACAGGAGAGAAGCCCUAUCAAUGCCAAGUGUGUGGCAAGAGCUUCCGGCUCAGCCCCAGCCUGGUUGUGCACCAGAGGAUACACACAGGGGAGAAGCCCUACAAGUGCAGUGAAUGUGGAAAAGGCUUCAACAACAGCUCCCAUUUCAGCGCCCAUUGGCGGACCCACACGGGCGAGAAGCCUCACGAGUGCCCCAAGUGUGGGAAGAGCUUCAGUAAGGGCUCUGCCCUCCACAAACACCAGAGAGUCCACAUGAGGGGAAAGCUUCCACUGCAGCCCGGGCUCGACCCUCCAUCAGGAAGCCUGCGUGGGAAGAGUUCUGUAGAUAGACUGGAUUUGGGGAGACCUUCCAACAGAGAUGACUGCUUCUGAUCUACCCUGGUUUUGUUCAGGAACGGUGCUGAGCUUGGAUGGAGUGGGAAGAGCACUGUGCUGGAAGUCAGGGACCUGGGUUCGAAUUCUGGCUGUGCCAUAACUAAUGAUGUGACUUUAAGCUGAUCAUUUCCUCUCUUGGAGCCUACAAAUCUAUAAAUGUGAGUUGGACAACAUGUUGUUCAAGGUCCUUUGACUCCCAACACUCAGUGAUUCUAACUCAGUGUUUCUUUACACUUUGGGAGAGAGUCUUUUGUGUCUGAAGCUAGACUCACCAGACGGGGUCUAAGAUUGGGAAGAGCUAAGCCCCCUUCCCAGCUGUGCCUUUACCUUGCUGCAUGCCCCUUCACCCUUCCUAUGUGCCUCAGUUUUACUGUUGAGAAAAUGGGGGAGAAUAAUCCUGAUCUUUGGUUUUUUGUACUUUCACCGAGAAAGAGAACCUCAUGCCCUGAACACACCCAAGUCUGGACUCUCCUUUCCUCUUACCUCAGGUUUUAUCGGUGCCUCCAUCCCAGAAAAGUGUGUCACCACCACUGGGAUGGAACCAUUAAACUUUGGGGUUCAGAGUAUCAGGGGGAAGUCAGGAAAGAACAAAAGGGAUGAUUUGGGAAUUCUGAGUAUUUUUCAUUCAGUAUGAAAGAGUACUUACAAAAUGUGGAAGAACCCAGUUAAGAAUAUAUGCAGGUGGUGCCUCUUUAUCUCUCUGUCUCUUUCUCUCUCUCUCUCUCUCUGUCUCUCUCUCU